UGCCCGCGGCCCCGGCGCCCGCCCCCGCCCGCUCCCGGCCUCUGUGCGCCGCCUGCCCGGGCUGUGCCGGAUCACGACGCCCUGAGAAAAGGGCGGGCGGCGGCGACAGCAGCAGCAGCGGGGGCCGCCUCAUCCCCAUCCCGGCUGCCGGAGAGGAGGCGGUGGCAGCAGAGGAGGAGGGCGGCGCUGACGCAGCAGCGUGGAGCCCGGGAGUCGGGCGCCCCGGGAGGGCUCCCGUCGUUGGAUCUCUCCCCAAGCGGGGCCUGCGGCAGCCCAGCGGCGGCGGGAGCGCGCCCCGGGCCGGACGGUGAUCCUAUGACGCAUGCCCGGAAGAAACAGCUUUUCCUCCUGAAGCACCCAGCCGGUUCUGCUGGCCGCGCUUCCUCGCCGGCAGGCAGCAGCAGGAUGGAGAGGGCCGAGGCUGAGUGUGAUGAGCAGCGAGAUGGAGGCGGCAGCGAGGCCCCAGCCUGUCCCAGCGGCUGCCUGGGCACCAGCAAGGCCAAGGGCCUGCACGAGGUGCGCAAGACCUACCCCCUGCGGCGCCGGCUGCUGCCCUCGGUCAGCAAGAAGACCUGCAAGGUGCUCCUCACCCGGCUGGAGGACGUGGCUGGCUCCCUGUCGAAGCAGGCCCAGACCUGCCAAAACAAGGACCUGCCCCACAGGGUGCAGGGCUUGGCACCCGCGCUGUUCCCCGAGCGGGCGCAGCCCCUGGGUGCAGGGGAGAGCAGCGCCCCCGGGGAGGAGUGCAGAGGGACUCCUGCGGGGCUGGAGCAGGAGCCGGGCGCCGCCGCCGCGGAGCCCCGGAAGCGCCGCCUGGCCUCGCUCAACGCCGAGGCGGUCAACAACCUGCUGCUGGAGCGCGACGAGGCCCUGUGCCCCGGCCGGCGCCUCCGCAGGGACCCGGCCCGGCCGGACUGCGCGGCCAGGGGCUUGCUCUGCAAGCCUGGCGACGGCUGGCCUCCGGCAGGCAGAGCGGUGCCGGCCAGGCCGGGCAGGGGCAAGAGCCGGCACGAGCACGGCCAGAAGUGCAGCAGCUGCGAUCGGGCACCGGGCGAGGGCUCGGAGGAUGGGGCUGUCCCCUACCAUCCCACCCCCAAGAGGCUGGCUAGCCUCAACGCCACGGCCUUCCUGAAGCUGACCCACGAGAAGGACCAACCCCUGAAGCCCAGGAGUAAAUCGGAGGGGGACGGCAAGUCUGAGAACCACUGCUCGAAGUCAGCGCUCAAAUGGGCCAAAGCUGGUCGGAAGAACUGUGUCAAGGCCAAGAAGGAGGGGGCUGGCUUGAAAGUGGAGGGUCAGCACGGCUGGCAGGGACUCACUCUAGGAGCUUUUGGGCAAGGAGAGCAGCAGGACUCCUCUAGGCUCUAUGGGACAGCAGAGCCUGUCCCGUACGAGUCACUGUCUAGCUCCUAUGCCGGCACAGAGGGUUUCUACCACAGACUGCCUUUGCUCAUGGGUGGCCAAGCUUCCAUGAAGCCGGAGUACGGAAGACCUGGAGAGAAGUCGCCGACCCCCAAACAGGAGCUCCAUCAGCCUUCCUUUCCCGUGCAGCAGUUCCCUGCCCUGCCCGUGCCCGGCAACCACGCGGACUGUGGCUGCCUCUUUGAGUCCUCGGAUCUGCCGCCGCUGAACGGCUUCUACGUCUGCUACGGCCAAAGUGGGUACAGUGGCUACCCCCACUGCUCCCUCAAGGACCAGCUGUCACAGCCUGCUGCCUGCGAGGGGCUCUUGGUGUCACCCAGCUCCUUGCCCUCGGGUGCUCAUUUCCAGCCGCUGCACUGGUGUAGCUCCCCGUACUGCUGCGGGGAGGGCACAGCCAUCGGCAGCUACAGCGUCUGCGGUGUGCUGCAGGUGCCCGAGGGCAGGGUAGGCAGCCUGCACACAGGGCGCAGCACCUACCCCUACAAAAUGCCUUUUGCAGCAGAAGGCUGCAAGUCUCUGGACCAGCUGAACCUCACAAUCCCCGUGGCAGGACACCCCGCAUCACCUGCCCACCCGCUCUCAGGAUGUCCUGUACCCAGCGUGCCACCGGCUGCAGAACCUGUCCCUCACCUGCAGACCCCCAACUCUGACCCCCAGACCACGGCCCGAGAAUGUCCGCAGAGCUCCAAGCCUCCCAGCGGCUCCAAGUCCGGGCUGCGGAACGCCCCUGGCUGCCUGCACACCGCAGAGAGCAAGGCCGCAGGGGCUCACUGCCACCCCAAGCAGCAGCGCAUCGGCAGGAGGAGAGCCACCAACGGCUGGAUGCCCGUGGGCACCGCCUGCGAGAAGGCUGUCUAUGUGGUGAACGAACCGGAGCCAGCUGUUCGCAAGAGCUACCAGGCCGUGGAGAGGGACGGGGAGGUGAUCCGGGUGCGGGACACUGUGCUGCUGAAGUCAGGGCCCCGCAAGAAGUCCAUGCCCUAUGUCGCCAAGAUCUCGGCGCUGUGGGAAGACCCCAAAACAGGGGAGCUGAUGAUGAGCCUGCUGUGGUACUACAGACCCGAGCACACUCAGGGAGGCCGCAGCCCCAGCAUGCACCAGAAUGAGAUCUUUGCAUCCCGGCACCAGGAUGAGAACAGUGUGGCCUGCAUUGAGGAGAAGUGCUACGUGCUGACCUUUGCAGAGUACUGCAGAUUCUGUGCCUUGGCCAAGCGCCGAGUGGAAGGCAUCCCGGGCAGGAAGGCCGUGAUGGUUCCUCCCUCGGAGGAGUACUCCACGCCCCUGCACCGCAAGGUGCCCGAGGACACCGACCCCGAGCUGGUCUUCCUCUGCCGCCACGUCUACGACUUCCGUCACGGCCGCAUCCUCAAGAACCCGCAGUAGCGCCGCGGGGGCCGCAGGCUGGGGGCCUGGGGACAGCCUGGGGACAGCUCUGCACUGGGGACGCCUGGACCCCAGCUCCCGGCCCCAGAGAGCCCGCGGGAGGCCAGCGGCGCCUGGGGAGCACAGCACUUGCGGAGGGCAUCGAUGAGAAUCUGCACCUCGGGAGCGGUGCCUGCAGAGCUGGGUGCCUGCUGCUGGGGAUCUGUGUCUGUGGAUGGAGCCAGAGGGGGAUGAAAGCCAGGGAGCUGAAUCCAGAGCCGUGGCUGGGGGGUGGGACGCUGGGGCGGUGCAGGAGGCUGCUCUGGGGCGUUGGAUGAGUCGCGCUGGGACAGCUGGGUGGCUCUGACGUGCAGUGUGAGGCCGAGGCAGAGUCUCUCCUGUGCUCUGCCACAGAGCAGAGUCUCCUCCAUCCCACGGGACAGGCUGUGAGGAUUCCCAGGUGUAAGAGGAGCUCCAGAAUUCAGCCCUUGCUUUGGAAGCUGCCUGGAUGUGGAGUGGCCUCGUGUGGUGCUUGGAGAGGUUUUGCUCGAUCAGGGGAGGAGGUGACCCUGGUUUUCCCCUCCUCUUUCUCUUCCCCUCACUGCCCUCUUCUGUGAUCCACCACCUGGACUGGGGCUUGGCAGCCAGGCUUGGGAACCUGCUGCAUAGCAGAGCAGAGAGGGAGCCAGGAGGGCUGUGGGCUUCCCGUCCCAGUGCGGUGUCCCAGAGAGCUGGGUCUCCACCAUGGAUCCCUGACCUUGCCCUGGAGGAUCUCCUUCCCCAUGACACAGCCCCAGCAGGCCUGUGUGUCUCUGGAGCUGGAGCACAGCGUGGGCUCCACUGCUGAGAACCAUGUUUCUGAGUCUUGCUCUUCCUCUGGUGGCAUGGGGGCUGCAGUCACAGAAGUGAGUUUACUCUUUCUUCCCAGUUACUCCCAGUAACACCAUUUACAGUCCCUGUUCCACCCCAUGCAGAAUCACAGAACCACAGAACUGUUGAGGUGGGAAGAGACCCCCGAGAUCAUCAACCACUUGCCUGGAGCUCACAGUGCCACCACAUCUCCAGUGUGAAGCAGCUAGAGGCUGGAGGUGACACAACAAAGCCUUUUCUUGAGUGAUUUUUGGCUUACUUUAAAUCUUAACCCCCUCCCCUGUAACUCUUCUGACCCUGGUGACACUGAAGCCAUCAGCAGUGCUGGCUCACCACUGCCCCACAGCUUCUUCCCCUCCAAACCCCUCAUGGUGUCCAGGCCAGCCCACCUGAGUGGCUUUGUGGCUCCUGGAAGGAACUGAGCACUGGGAGGUGUUCUCAUGGACAGAUGUGCCCCAGGCCCAGCAGCAUUGCCUCUUGCCUUAGUUCAGAGCCGAGGUAGACCUUGGUCAUCUUCACACAGUCUGUUGGAGGUGAUGCCAAAGCAAACCAAAGGACAGCACUAACAUCCAAGCCGUUCCCCCCAAGCUGAUCCAGGUCUAGAUUGCACUAUCAUGAAGAAGGACAACUGGCAGCACCUUGGCCCACAGCCCCGCUUGUGGAGUUGCUUGUCCAGGCCUGAGAUCUGCAUCUCUACAUCUUUCUGAGGCUCCUGAAGUGGUGGAAGUCUUCAUCCUGCUUUAAUGUUGUCCUGCCAGUGGAACUAGCACUGCCCCGGCUCCCCACAGACUCCAGCACAGUGGGAAUGGCUUCAAGCCUGCCUGGCCUGGAGAGGAACUGCCCCAGCACCAAGUCCCUUAGAUGGAGAGAGUUCAGCACAGGAGUUCUCCAGAGAUUUGCUCUACAUACCAAAGAGGGGAACCUGUCUAGAAGAGAGGAGAUGACAACACCUGGCACACAGCUCCCUGGUGUCAGAGGCUGAUUCCUGCUCAGUGUCACAGAGUCAGAGUGGCAGGGGUUGGGAGGGACCUCUGGAGAUCACUGAGGAUGCUGGAAAAGCCCUGUUUGUCCUGCCAGGGGUAAACACCCAGCUCUAGGAGGUUUUAUCUGGUGUGCAAACAAGAAUGUGUAGGUGAAGCAUCUGAUUUAUACCUCAAGGUACUGCUGGUGUCAAAGGAAUUGCUCAGAUUUCUCCUCAACAAGUCACCUGGGUACUGGUGGUCCCUUGGAAGGGCAUGGUUGGGCUGCUGUGCCAGGAUGGGAGCCAGGAGCACUUCCAGGGUUCUCAGGUGAAAGUGCCACAAGGGUGCCAGGGGAUGCUGGAGAAAGUGGCCUCUCGUGCUGCUGGGAGGAGAUGUUCAGUGGUUCUCUCUCUUAGCAGGGAGAGAGGGCAGGCACUGGAGGAGCAGAGCUGCUACUGCCCACCACAGGAGAGGGGAUGGUGGUACCCAGUGUGGCAGGGCAGCAAGAAAGGGGAUGGAGCAGCUGCACCCUGGGGCUGUGGCACACAGUGGUAAGGGUGGAAGGUGACAGGAAGCCCUAAAUGCACACACUUGAGACUGCAGGGACACCUCUAGCACCCAGCCUGGAGCAGGCAAGCUGCCCCUGGCCACCUUCCUCCAGCAAAAGUGCCCUCAGGUGCAGGAAGCUUUGAGAGCCACCCAGCAGGCAAACCCUGAGCACUGCUGCACAGUCAGGGCAGGGUUUGAACCACAGCAACUCCUGAGCCCUCUCUCCCUCUGCUCCCACCUCUGUCCUACCUCCUCUCCAGGUAGAAGAGAAACUGUCCUUGGCCUGGGUGUGGAACAGGCUUUAGCCCUGGAGAGGGCACCUCCUGCCUCUGCUCAUGCUAGAAUCUGCUGCAGGCCAAGGCCCUCGUGCAAGGUUCCCGUGGUUGCUUCAUGCUGCUGUGCAGGCAGCAUGUAAAAGAGUUGAGAUGUCUUAUCCAGAAUGAGAAAAUAUUUCUUGCUUUUUUAAUCUAUUAGAUAUGGAAAUAUUUUUUGAAGCUGAAGAUGCAGUGGGUAGAAUUUAAAUGGAAACCUUCAGACAUGUCAAAUAUAUUUUAGUUGAGAAUUUUUGUAAAAUGCACUUUUUUGUGUCUCUUCCCUGGUUUCCCAGAUCUGUAUUUCAGUGUUUACAGAUGGAAUGAGAACAUUCCCUAUGCCCUCCUGUGAGAAAGAGAUAUUAGAAGUAAUUCUUAAAAAAAUAAAUUUGACAA